CAAUGGCCGGGGCCGAGACGCUGACGUAGCAAGGAGAAGGCGCUUAGGCGGCGCUGCCGCCGCCAAGAUGGCGUACCAGACCUUACGCCAGGAGUACUUGCAGGUGCCUCCCGUCACCCGGGCCUACACCACCGCCUGCGUCCUGACCACCGCCGCUGUGCAAUUAGAAUUAAUCACACCUUUUCAGCUGUACUUCAACCCUGAAUUAAUAUUUAAACAUUUUCAAGUAUGGCGGCUUAUUACAAAUUACCUUUUCUUUGGACCAGUUGGAUUCAAUUUUUUAUUUAAUAUGAUUUUUCUAUAUCGCUACUGCCGCAUGCUCGAGGAAGGGUCAUUCCGGGGCCGGACGGCAGACUUUGUAUUUAUGUUCCUUUUUGGUGGACUGUUAAUGACUCUCUUUGGCUUGUUUGUCAACUUGGUGUUCCUGGGGCAGGCCUUCACCAUCAUGCUGGUAUAUGUCUGGAGCCGCAGGAAUCCUUUUGUCCGCAUGAACUUCUUUGGGCUGCUCAUCUUCCAGGCUCCUUUCCUUCCCUGGGUACUCAUGGGAUUCUCCCUUCUGUUGGGGAACUCCAUUAUUGUCGACCUCCUAGGAAUUGCUGUGGGCCACAUCUACUUUUUCUUGGAAGAUGUCUUUCCCAAUCAGCCUGGGGGAGGAAGGCUUCUGAGGACACCCUCGAUUCUGAAAACAAUAUUUGAUACGCCAGAAGACGAUCCCAAUUACAACCCGCUGCCUGAAGAGCGACCCGGAGGUUUUGCCUGGGGCGAGGGACAGCGGCUGAGAGGCUGAACUGAGACUGCUUGGCCAACAACCAGACCUUCAAGAGAGACUAAAUGGAAGAACUAUCUUGGAGAUUUCUUUUUGCUCUCUUGUGGAUAAAAAUACAUCUUCUGACAGCUUUACUGAUGUGAACAUAUGAAGCACUUUUAAAAAUAUAUAUAUAUAUGGUGUUCUAAUCAUUUUUUCGGGAAACUGCCAAUAACUUCUUACCUUGGGGAUAUUUGCUGCAUUGAUUGAUCAAAAUUCAUUUGAACAGAACCAAGAAUUGACUGGACAUGCAGCUAUUGCCAGCUCCACUGAAUGAGACCAUCAGUUCUUGUGUAACACAAAUAUCUGAGGCAUUUUUCCACAUUUGUUUGAUACAGGGAUUAGAGAACUUCCAGAGUGGAAUUAAACUUCUCCUUUUAUUA